AGAUUAAUAACUAAAAGACGGUUCUUGGCCCUCCAUGGACUUAUAGAAGUUGCACAUGGGUGAAUCAGAUCAUGGACUGAAUCCAGAGCUGAGAUGAAGCUCUGGGGGACUCGCCCGCGCACGUGACCAGCCUCUCGCACCCACUGGGUACUGUGGGGCUCCACGCGUCACCUCUCGCGCCCCACCUCGCGCCCCUUGGAGGAACUGCCACCGCCACCACCAUCGCCCCCAGAGUAAGAGUCGGAGUCGCGGCGAGGCCUCUGCUCCCGCCAUGCCCAAGAAUAAAGGUAAAGGAGGUAAAAAUAGACGUAGGGGUAAGAAUGAAAACGAAUCCGAAAAAAGAGAAUUGGUGUUCAAAGAAGAUGGGCAAGAAUAUGCUCAGGUAAUCAAAAUGUUGGGAAACGGACGCUUAGAAGCAAUGUGCUUUGAUGGUGUAAAGAGAUUGUGUCACAUCAGAGGGAAACUGAGGAAAAAGGUUUGGAUAAAUACCUCAGACAUAAUAUUAGUUGGUCUACGAGACUACCAGGAUAAUAAAGCUGAUGUAAUUUUAAAAUACAAUGCUGAUGAAGCGAGAAGUCUGAAGGCAUAUGGCGAACUUCCGGAGCAUGCCAAAAUCAAUGAAACUGAUACAUUUGGUCCUGGAGAUGACGAUGAAAUCCAGUUUGAUGACAUUGGUGACGAUGACGAAGACAUUGAUGAUAUCUAACUUGACCUCAACAUUCUGUAUUCCAACUUCUCUGAGGAUUGUUCAACAAUUUGGAUUUUGGCUAAGGCCUAUAAAAGAAGAUUAAAAUUCCAUUCAUUUGAAUGCAGUUGGGUUAAAGCAUA